CGCCCCUUAUUAGUAUCAACCAGCUAUUGAACUCGACAACAUGAGCUGUGAAGUGUGUCAAAGGCAGUGGGAACGAUUUUUGGAUAUCUAUAAUCCGAAUCAUUCAGCGCUAUGGAUUUUCGGAACUACGGUCUAUACGGUUCUGGUGGUAACGAUCGUGUCCGGUCUGUUUAUGUGGAUGGAUUUCACCGGUCUACCGAAGGGACUAAGAAAGUACAAGAUACAACCGGGAACUAAUGAACCGUUAACAUGGCCACAACUCAGAACGUUGAUCAAAACAGCUUUCAUCAACAUGGUUGUGGUAGGAAUACCGACCUUAGCCGUGUUCCAUAUUAUUUCGGUUAAAAUGGAUCGUUUGUCGGACCUUAGGCAGCUACCUUCAGUGGGAGAAAUCCUGUAUACCAUUCCGAUAUCGAUGUUACUAACUGAGGUCGCUUUCUACUACAGUCACCGAAUGUUGCACUCCAAGCAUUUGUACAAAAUAAUCCACAAGAAACAUCACGAAUGGACCGCUCCGGUAUCGCUGGCCGCAGUCUACGCACAUCCCGUUGAGCAUAUUGUAAGCAAUAUGGCACCACUCUAUCUAGGCAUCCUGCUUACCAAGGCACAUUUGAUUACAACGUGGGUUUGGGCAACGAUUGCACUACUAGGAACGUUGCAUGACCAUUCUGGGUAUCAUCUGCCGUAUUUACUAGGAAGCCCCGAUGUACACGAUUUUCAUCAUCAGAAGUUCAAUCAAUGCUACGGAGCGAUCGGCAUCUUGGACUGGCUGCACGGAACCGACGUUCAAUUUCGACGUCACAAGGCCAAACAACGGGCAGCUCUCCAGGACUGAGACCGAUAAACGUCCUUCAAGGUCGUUUAAGGGAAACAAUAACAUUGUCAAAUCCUGAAUAAAAACAAUCUUGUACACAAGUUUUUUCUGCUAAUAUAAAAA